AUUUAUAAUAUUAAUAAUUUAUUAAACAUUAAUCUGCUUAUCAGCGAGUAUAUUUGUAAAUUUUAUCAUUUAAUGCCACAUAUCAACAUAAUUUACAUAAAUAAGUACCUAGUGCUUCUUUGCUUUGGUGACAAGUGUCUUGUAUAGCUACGCGGAAAGUAGAAAAUGAAUGGAAAAGUUCAAACAGUUUUAGGAGAUGUGGACUCAAGUCUUCUUGGACGUACCCUGACACAUGAACAUCUGGCUAUGGAAUUUAGCCAUUUCUACAAAGAACCUCCAAAACAAAUAGCAGACAAGUUCAAGUUUGGAUUUACUCUGCAAAAUGUUGGGUUUUUGAGACAAUACCCAUAUAGUUCAGAAACUAAUUUAUUAUUAAAUGAUUCAUUGGCAAAGGAAGCUGUCCUUAAUGAUGUUAUGGAAUAUAAAAAGUAUGGUGGAGGAACUAUAGUAGAAAAUACAACAGUUGGAAUUGAAAGAGACAUAGAUUUUUACAAACAAGUGUCGGAGACAACCAAUGUCCACAUAGUGGCUGGAACAGGUCAUUACAUAGCAGAUGUCCAAGAUACCAAAGUGAUAGCCUUAAAAAUCGAAGAUUUAUAUAAUCAUAUGCUAAAAGAGCUAACUGAAGGCUGUGUAGAUUACCCCUCAGUUAAAGCUGGUGUUAUGGGGGAAAUAGCAAGUGUUUGGCCAAUUAAAGAUUUUGAACGUAAAGCCAUUAAAGCUGCGGGCGAACUUCAGUCUCAGCUUGGAUGCGGAGUCAGUUUUCAUCCUCACCGUGAUCCCGAAGCACCUUUUGAAAUAAUAAGACUUUACACAGAAGCUGGUGGAAGAGUCGAAAAGGCUGUCAUGUCGCAUUUAGAUCGAACACUUCUAGACUUCGAAAAACUCUUCGAAUUUUCUCAACUGGGCGUAUACUGUCAAUUCGAUCUAUUUGGAGUUGAAGUAUCCCACUACCAGCUCAACAUUGCUACUGACAUGCCGUCGGAUGCACAAAGACUAAACAUGAUCAAACGUUUAGUUGAUGAAGGAAAGGAAGAUAAGAUUUUAAUGUCGCACGAUAUUCAUACCAAACAUAGAUUGAUUGACUUCGGUGGACAUGGCUAUUCCCACAUAAUAAAUAAUAUACUCCCACGAAUGAAAGCUAAGGGAUUCACAGAUGAACAAAUAGAUAAAAUAACUAUACAAAACCCUGCAAAAUGGCUUAGUUUUUAACUAAUCAAACAUGGAAUUGAGGCCUUAUUUUUACAAUGCUGUAUUGUAAUUGUUUAUAAAAAUGUUUAUUU